AUGGAUCAUUUGAACGAGGCAACUCAGGGGAAAGAGCAUUCAGAAAUGUCUAACAAUGUGAGUGAUCCGAAGGGUCCACCAGCCAAGAUUGCCCGCCUGGAGCAGAACGGGAGCCCACUAGGAAGAGGAAGGCUGGGGAGUACAGGGGCAAAGAUGCAGGGCGUGCCUUUAAAACACUCGGGCCAUCUGAUGAAGACCAACCUUAGGAAAGGAACCAUGCUACCAGUUUUCUGCGUGGUGGAACAUUAUGAGAACGCCAUUGAGUAUGAUUGCAAGGAGGAGCAUGCAGAAUUUGUGUUGGUGAGGAAGGAUAUGCUUUUCAACCAGCUGAUCGAGAUGGCGCUGCUGUCUCUAGGCUACUCGCACAGCUCGGCUGCCCAGGCCAAAGGGCUCAUCCAGGUGGGGAAGUGGAAUCCAGUUCCACUGUCCUAUGUGACAGAUGCCCCUGAUGCUACGGUAGCAGAUAUGCUUCAAGAUGUGUAUCAUGUGGUCACGCUCAAAAUCCAGUUACACAGUUGCCCCAAACUAGAAGACUUGCCUCCCGAACAAUGGUCGCACACCACAGUAAGGAAUGCUCUGAAGGACUUACUGAAAGAUAUGAAUCAGAGUUCGUUGGCCAAGGAGUGCCCCCUUUCACAGAGUAUGAUCUCCUCCAUUGUGAACAGCACGUACUAUGCAAAUGUCUCAGCAGCAAAAUGUCAAGAAUUUGGAAGGUGGUACAAACAUUUCAAGAAGACAAAGGAUAUGAUGGUUGAAAUGGAUAGUCUGUCUGAACUAUCCCAGCAAGGCACCAACCACGUCAAUUUUGGCCAGCAGCCGGUCCCAGGGAACACAGCUGAGCAGCCUCCGUCCCCUGCACAGCUCUCCCACGGCAGCCAGCCCUCUGUCCGGACCCCUCUUCCGAACCUGCACCCUGGGCUUGUGUCAACACCUAUCAGUCCUCAGCUGGUCAACCAGCAGCUGGUGAUGGCGCAGCUGCUGAACCAGCAGUACGCAGUCAACAGACUCUUAGCCCAGCAGUCCUUAAACCAACAAUACUUGAACCACCCUCCCCCUGUCAGUAGGUCUAUGAAUAAGCCUUUGGAGCAGCAGGUUUCGACAAACACGGAGGUCUCUUCAGAAAUCUACCAGUGGGUACGGGAUGAACUGAAAAGAGCGGGAAUCUCCCAGGCAGUGUUUGCACGUGUGGCUUUUAACAGAACUCAGGGAUUGCUUUCUGAAAUCCUCCGAAAGGAAGAGGACCCCAAGACUGCAUCCCAGUCCCUGCUGGUAAACCUUCGGGCUAUGCAGAAUUUCUUACAGUUGCCGGAAGCCGAAAGAGACCGGAUAUACCAGGAUGAGAGGGAAAGGAGCUUGAACGCUGCCUCUGCCAUGGGUCCUGCCCCGCUACUGAGCACUCCGCCCAGCCGUCCUCCCCAGGUGAAAACAGCUACUCUUGCCACUGAGAGGAAUGGGAAACCAGAGAACAAUACUAUGAACAUUAAUGCCUCCAUUUAUGACGAGAUUCAGCAGGAAAUGAAGCGUGCUAAAGUGUCCCAAGCACUGUUUGCAAAGGUUGCUGCCACAAAAAGCCAGGGAUGGCUGUGUGAGCUGUUGCGCUGGAAAGAAGAUCCUUCUCCAGAAAACAGGACCCUGUGGGAGAACCUGUCCAUGAUCCGCAGGUUCCUCAGUCUUCCUCAGCCUGAGCGUGAUGCCAUCUAUGAGCAGGAGAGCAAUGCUGUGCAUCACCAUGGCGACAGGCCACCCCACAUCAUCCAUGUUCCAGCAGAACAGAUUCAGAGCCCCUCUCCCAGCACCCUUGGCAAAGGAGAGUCUAGAGCCGCUUUCUUACCAGGCCUGCCGAGCCCUGCACCAUGGCCCAAUGCUGCUCCUCAGCAGCAGCAGCCGCAACAGCAGCAGCAGCAGCAGCCGCCACCUCCUCCUCCGCAGCCGCAGCCCCAGCCCCAGGCAGGUCCCAGGCUGCCCCCACGGCAGCCCACGGUGGCCUCCUCUGCAGAGUCCGAUGAGGAAAACCGGCAGAAGACAAGGCCACGAACCAAAAUUUCUGUGGAAGCCCUGGGGAUCCUUCAGAGCUUCAUCCAAGAUGUGGGCCUGUACCCGGAUGAAGAGGCCAUCCAGACUCUGUCUGCACAACUCGACCUCCCCAAGUACACCAUCAUCAAGUUCUUUCAGAACCAGCGGUACUAUCUCAAGCACCACGGUAAACUGAAGGACAACUCCGGCUUGGAAGUGGAUGUGGCGGAAUACAAAGAGGAGGAGUUGCUGAAGGAUUUGGAAGAGAGUGUCCAGGAUAAAAACGCCAACACCCUGUUUUCUGUGAAACUGGAGGAGGAGCUGUCGGUGGAAGGGAGCACGGACAUUAACGCCGACUUGAAAGACUGAGAAAAGUGUUAUUUUCAUCCAUACCACUGGUAUUUACUAACAAAAUGAAAAGUCCAUCUUGUGUUCGCGCAGAAAACGUUCAUUGUUUAUUGUUUGGCCAAUAAAUCUUCAGAAACUUGCACAAACAGGAAGUUGGAAGGACAUGACAGACAGCACUAAAGGUUUUACUGUUCCCCGGACUGCUCGGCAGCCCCAGUGAAGCGUGGUGUUGUCUGGUGGUAGAAUUUGUGUUCGAGGGCUGCACCACGGUGUGCGCCCUGUCAGCAUGAUACCAGAGAUUGGUUUCCUUUUAAUUAUUACUGUUCUGGAGCCUCAAAUAAGCAUUAUAACUUCUGUGAUUAUGAUUGCCUUUCCUUUCAUUAUUUCUGUGACACUUCACACUGGUCUUUGGAAACUGGCCCCUUAUUUUAAAGAGAAAAAGGAAAAAAAAAUGAGUUUGUUACUCGAUUGUAUGUUAAAAAAAGAACUAUAGACUGUGGAAUGCAGUUUAAAGAUGACAUAUGCCAACAAAUGCCUUGUAUUAUAUGGCACUGCCGUAAUUAAAAUUUGUUUUUUAUUUUGGAAAUAAAAGUUCACUGUAAUUUUUUUUUCAUUCUCAUUGUUACAUGAUUUUUUUUUAAGGAAAAGAAAAUGUGAAACACAAUUUAGUCCUCCUUAUUUAUUUGUAGAUCCUGCAGCAUCAUGUUGUAAUUAAGUUUUUGAAAGUUUCUGUUAAAUGUAAUGUUGCUUCUCUUGUUACCAUACUGAUUUCCUUUCUAUUUAUAACUGUAUUUUGAUGGGCAGUAAAACAAAGUGUCUUAAAAGUUUUAAAUAGAGAAAAUGUGCUUUACACAGUUGCCUAUAAAAGUCUAUGUUAUCCAAGCAAUUCACUCUAGAAGCUUCACUCCUGUUGUUGUAUGCAAUUUUUACUAUCAUGCAAAUAAACCUAGGUAAAUAAAACUAAUAGAUCACCUUAGAAAAUUAUGCAAUUAAUGUGAAAAUAAUUGAUGUUUGCAAUGUGUCUUCCUUUGGUUUACACUCAACUUUAAAGCGACAUCUGUAUGAAAUUUCUGUAUAAAGGUGUAUUUCUUUUUUUAUGAGUUUAUGACUAUGAAAACACCAGCUAUUUUGUUACAGCUGCUGUUUUUAUAAGUGUAUCACAAUUUUCUUUAUGCAGAGAUGUGCUGAUUAGAAGUGGUUAUUGACUGUAACUACACGAUUAAAAUUGUUUGUAUGGUAUGCCAUGGCAGGGUUUGUCUGCUUAUGUGACCAAGCGCAAGGACGGUGGUCGUGUAGGUGCAUGGUGCUCUCUUGAACACUGAAGAGAGCUCUGAAGAGAGCACCUGAACACUUGCCUGAAAUGCUAAAGUCACACACAUGCUCACUUUUAAGCAGGCAUGAAAUUUCACAAUGCAGAAGAUAAUCUGGUUUUGCUUACUACACAGGACAGUCAAAGACUCCAACAGAAACAUGAGUUACUCUAGCAGUUAAGUACUUGGGAUGGCUAUAUCUGGCUUUUUUCUCACAAUCCUCCAGUUAUGGCAAUACUUUUCUUUAAGCUAGGGUGUAUUUUUCAAAGCCAUUAAUCACAUAAAUAAGGGAACAAAUGGACCUUCUGUGCGAGAGCCCUUCAUAUUAAGUUUUUUAGGGGAGGGGGUUGUUUGGUUUGGUUUUGAUCUGUUUUACAAGUGAUAAGGAGGGAAGGUACAAUAACCCUGAGUUUAUUUGGCUUCCUUUGUCAAAACUGAGAACUCCGUGAAGGCAGGAAGAGUAACACCCCUAGAAUUCAAACAUCACCUUCUAAACUGCUGCACCUUGCCCCAGGAGCAGUCGGGGUAAGCAGGGCAUGUUGUGCUUCUAGGGGAAUUUUUUUUUUUCAUUUUUUUUUCUGUUUGUCUUUUUGUAUCCCUUUGUUAGGUCCCCUAAGUGUUAAUGAGGGUAUUUGGGCUCAUGGAGCCAGAGCUCUGAGUUACCCUUUUCCUGAGGAGCAUUUCCUCAGGUGUGAUGAGCUCAUGGAGGGGACUACAUGGCCUUUGUGUUAGGCCAAAACGAGCUCCUUGAAAAUUCCUCUAAUGCUUUACUCUGAAACACAGCUGAGCAAGUUAGAAGGCUGCUGCCUUAUUACAAACUAAUUUCAAUUCUUUUUAUUAAAUGAGAAAACAAUGCAAACUAUCUUGUUUGCUGGAGUUCAGAAAAGUAAUCAUUUGAGCCAAAGGCAUUUGAAUUCAUAUAAGCUGAAUUUCAAAUGUUAAAGAAAAAAAAAAAGAAACUAUCAU